AUGUUGCCUCUCGGACUUAACGCCUAUACUUUCCUUGGGCUGAAUGCUGUCCGAGCUCUCUCUAUCCUCACCCUUAUUCUCGUAUUUGCUUCAAGUAUCAUGGUUAUGGUUGAUGAUGUCAACGCCGUCCGUCGAGGAAAUGAUGUGCCCGCGGGCCCACUAACUGAUGCAUCUGGCAAUGAAUUCGAUAUUGAAUGCGACUAUUUUGAAGCCUCCACUGUCCCACUUCAACCUGCUGGAGUCUUCUUUGCCAUCCUCAAUCGGCUCUUCAUCAUUGCCCAGUGCAUAAUUCUUGUUCUUGCUGAGCUUGGAUUUCCUCAGUCAUUCUUCAAGAACUUCCUCCCCGUCCUUGGACCCGACCACGGUGUUGGUAUACUUGGGGCAAUGCAAGUCUUCCUGGGCGCUGCAGUCCUCUCUCACCACGUUCCUACAUUCGCACUCGUCUCGGCGUUUUUCCUAUUCUCCAUUGGGCUCUUGAACAUUAUUCUUGGACUCGUCUUCCGCUCAGGCAUUCACUCUCGCCGUGCACUUCUCUCGUGGCGCAACAAGGCUCCCAGUGCUCUCACCGACAAAGUCGACCGCGCUACAACCGCCGUCUCUUACGCUAGCGACGUAUAUUCCAGCUUCAGGUCUCACUCUAGAGCCUCAGAUGUUGAGAAGCAGCCACUUCAACAUGACGAAAAGCACGGGGAAUGGGAUAUCCGAAGCCAAAAGUCUUCCGAUGACGAAAAAUCCCAACCCUUUGCCGCCCUAGGAUUCGGUCGCAAGGGCCAGGAGAGCGCCGAGAAGAAGGGAUUCAUUAUUUCCAAGCCCCUGGAGUCCCUUCCCAAAUAUGCCCCAAAGCAGUUCCAGCUAACCGCCAACUUUGGAAGCGGCCGUGCGAACAACUGA